AACCAUUCAGUUAUGACUCGAUGUAGACCUCGGAAGCCGUGCUCUCUGUUUCUCGCUGUAGUGAACAAACAGUGCAGGAAACACUGGCAGGAUAUUUUAGUAGUUUAAUCGAAGGUCUGAUUGAUUCCGAAAGUUUUGGCUGCGGUUCGAAGUUCAUGUGGAUGUUGACAACUUUGCUGGCAGUAAAGAAGAAUAUCGCGAGAUUACAAUUCUUCCGCGUCAGAAACUCUCGGAAGAGCACUCAUUUACUAACUUACAUGUGGAUGAAUGUCAAUAAGAGCUUCGUGAAUAAACACGUGGAUUCAGCGUGACAAUGGCGGAGACAGUGUCAGAUAAUGUUACCGUGAAGUGUCCGGUUUGCGCCGGUGACUUUGAUCCAGACAGAAUUAACGCGCACUUGGAUGAGUGUUUACAGAGCGAUGGUGUUCACCAUCACACAGACACAGCUCAAGAUCAGCCAUCAGGACCUCCAUCCAAAAAAGCCCGCACUGACACCCCCGACACCCAUCCAGCUGCUGCAGUAUUCUCUCUGUUUCAAACCAGACCCAAAGCGAGCGAUCAGACACAGAGGACCGAAUCAGAGCUCAAAGACCCUGCAGAAGCCUCUGGUCCGGGUCUCAGAGUGAUGGAGAGACCCGAGGGUCCAGAUGGACCUGGCGCAUCUUCACCGAGAGCGUUAAGGCUGAAUAAUGACAAACCCUUGGCAGAAGUCUUGAGACCCAGCACUCUGGAGGAGUAUUUCGGCCAGAAUAAGCUGAUUGGAGAGCAGACCCUGCUCAGAUCCCUGCUGCAGUCACAGGAGAUCCCUUCUCUCAUUCUCUGGGGGCCACCGGGCUGUGGAAAGACCACUUUGGCCCAUAUUAUUGCCAGUUCCGUUAAGAAGAAAGGCACAGGACGUUUCGUGACGCUCUCCGCCACCAGUGCGUCCACCAGCGACGUGCGAGAAGUCAUCAAACAGGCCCAGAAUGAGCUCCGUCUGUUUAAGAGAAAGACCAUUCUGUUCAUCGAUGAGAUUCAUCGUUUUAACAAAUCCCAGCAGGACACCUUCUUGCCUCACGUGGAGUGCGGAACGAUCACUCUUAUUGGUGCCACCACAGAGAACCCGUCCUUCCAGGUCAACAGUGCGCUACUGAGCCGCUGCAGGGUUCUGGUUCUGGAACGGCUGUCGGUGGAAGCGAUGGGCUCGAUCCUGCGCCGGGCUGUAGAGUUUCUUGGACUGCAGGUGUUGAACGGGGAUGCGGUGGAGCGGGACGCUUCAGAGAUCUGCUCAGAAUCUCAGGUGUGUAUCGAGCAGAAGGCGCUGGACACGGUGGCGCACCUGUGUGACGGAGAUGCUCGAGCCGCUCUCAACGGUCUGCAGCUGGCAGUGCAGGCGUGUGUCGCACAGGUGCGCACGGCUUCAUCCAAACCCAACGCCGGCCCGCAGCCAAUAACAGUGCGUGAGCAGCACAUUAAAGAAGGACUUCAGAGAUCCCACAUCCUUUAUGAUAAAGCAGGUGAGGAGCACUAUAACUGUAUCUCAGCCCUGCACAAGUCAAUGAGAGGCUCCGAGCCCAACGCUGCCCUCUACUGGCUGGCCAGAAUGCUAGAGGGCGGUGAAGACCCGCUGUAUGUGGCCCGCAGACUCGUCCGCUUCGCCAGCGAGGAUAUCGGUCUGGCAGACCCGGCGGCGCUCACUCAGUCCGUAUCAGCGUUCCAGGCCUGUCACUUCAUCGGCAUGCCUGAGUGUGAGGUCAUUCUGGCGCAGUGUGUGGUUUAUAUGGCCCAAGCACCCAAGUCUGUGGAGGUGUACAAGGCCUAUAACAACGUUAAGUCCUGUCUGAGGAACCAUCAGGGCCCGUUACCGGCCGUUCCCCUCCACCUACGCAACGCUCCCACCAAACUGAUGAAGAAUCUGGGCUACGCCAAAGGAUACAAAUACAACCCAGACUACAGCAGACCAGUGGAGCAAGAAUAUCUUCCCGAGGAACUGCGCGGUGUCAACUUCUUUACCUGGACGCCCCCUAAUCUAUGAUGGAUUGUCUUUUUAAGUUUGGAGUUCUGCUUUUGCCUUUAUCACUGUUGCUGUAUCUUAUACUUAUCACAGCGAGAUUUCACACCUUUGGCCCAUAUUGUGAAUGAAUAAAUAUGCAUUUGCUUAUAUUAUACAGAGUUUUAUGUAAAACAUGAAGAUUGCAGCAACUGAUUUCCAUUUUUUAUCUCAGGUAAGUAAGAAAUUAAUAAAUUGACAAUGAGAUUGUACUUUUUAGUGCAUAAACAUCCCUGAUUUGAAUACGGGUGAUUUGGCUUCACUCUCAAAUGCACGCUAGAGGAUGAGACUGUUAUUAUCUUACAGGAAAUAAUUAUUAGUUUGGCUUCCUCUUCCUUUGGUUUCCUCCAGUAUUCAUUUAUCAUUUAUCUUGAAAACUGAGUUGCAUCCCUGACAAUUCAUGUUUCAGCUCCAUUAAAUGUUUGCACAGUUGUUUUACACUCUUAUCUACAAGCAAGCGAUAUCUUUCUUUUUCUGCACUGAAGAUGUUGCACUUACAAAUCAUUUUGCAUUUCAAGUCAUUUUGAUUAUGAGGUCAGUGUUAUUUUCACCAGUCAUUAAAGGGAUCGUUCACCCAAAUAUGAAAAUAUGUUGUCGUU